CAGCCUCCAUGAAGCCCCCCACUUUGCGCAAGAUAGAUCUUGCAGAAAUCCCCCGCCUCGCCACUCCAGAAUCGAAGAUACGCACUGAUGAAGACAUGGAGACCUGGCGCCAGUCUUGUGCAUAUCGCGACUACGCCAUCUUUCUGCGACGCUUGAACGAAUCGGUCGUGGGCGUGGACAUUCCAGAUUCCCCUGCUGCAACAAGUGAGGUCCGUUCCUGGAACACUGUCGGGAUGCGUCACGACUAUAUUCACUGCAGCCGGUGACCAGGAUCGUCUCGCUGCUGGAUGCACUCGAUAGGUGGAUUGACGAGAUCCCGCCUUCUGCAUCGCCCCAGAGAUUCGGAAAUCUUGCGUUUCGGACAUGGGGUAAGCGUUUGGAAGAGGAGAGCGACAUGCUGUUGCGCGACCUUCUCCGUACCGAAUUCGCCGCGGUGGUGCCCCAGCUCAAACCGUAUCUCCUCACUUCAUUCGGUUCCUUUGGCCGCAUGGACUACGGGACUGGGCACGAGGCCUCGUUCGCACUCUUCCUACUUUGCCUCAACCUCAUCCGCUUCCUCGAUCCCAUUCCCGAGGAAGAACGAAGCGUCGUCCUCGUCGUGUUUCCUCGCUAUCUUCGCCUUACGUGGAGGCUGCAGGACGUUUAUAGGCUAGAGCCUGCGGGGAGCCACGGUGUCUGGGGUUUGGACGACUCGUCUUUUUUGAGCUACAUAUUUGGGAGCGGUCAGUUGCGCGAUCAGACAGCAGUUCCCGUAUCUGCCGUGUUGCAUCCUCCACUGCGUGAGAGCAACCUGUAUUUCAUGUCGAUCAUGCGGAUUCAUCAAGUCAAACGCGGCCCCUUCCACGAGCAUUCGUCUCAGCUCCACUCCAUUGCCACUGGCGUGCCCAAUUGGGCCAAAGUAAACUCUGGGCUGUUCAAGAUGUACGAGGCGGAGGUUCUGGGCAAACGCGUUGUGGUGCAACACAUCCCGCUUGGAGGGCUGUUGGAGUGGGACAAGGCCCCGGCGUUGAUGAGCUCACCCGGGACUGCAACGUCGGCUGUCGCCGCAUGGCACUCCAAUUCAAAUCUGCCCCCAGUCCGCGCGCGCAGGACGGAUAUUAGUAGGAUGGGCCCGUCGUCGAGUUCAUAAUGAAUCGGACUAUCCAUUUUGCAUGUAUAAUCGUUUUCGUUAACAUAGUCUGCCAACUACUUGCGACUGCAUAGC